AUGCAGCGUUCCCCCGGCUCCCCCUCUCUCCCCCUCGUAGAGCAGCAAACCGGUCAACGGUCUCCCUCCAACCCCAUCCCUUACAUCAUCGUCCCCGUCGCCCUCGUCAUCAUCGUCAUCAUCGUCAUCUGCGUCAUGAUCUACUUCUGCAUCCGGCCGUUCCAUAGGAGUAACGAUUGCAUCGAUUACCAAUCACAUGAGCAGUGA